AUGCAGGGAUACGUCUCGUCGAUCACUUGGUGGACCAUUCAAAAUGUUACAGCCAUCUUUUAUGCACACUUAGCUGAUAAAGAAUCUGAACGCGUUGUUGUGUCGCUUCUGUACAACGAUGAAAACUUCUCUGGGAAGUUGCAUUACACCGUGGCUAGGAACGAGUCUGACCUUUUCCCCCAGAGUGAUUUUAGCGAGGGGUCUUUGUUGACUGUCGAGCAUUUGAUUGAGAAAACAUCACUCCCAGGUACGAGCUUGGAUUUGGCCUUUCGUACACUAAAUUCGACUUUUCAAAUCUGGUCAUUGAGAAUGAGCAUCCAGGAACAGCGGUUCUUACCCAACUGGCCCUAUCAAACCUGGUGGUUACGAACACAGGAUGUCGACAACGAGCAGCCAGGAGGCUUGCCAGCUAUAUUUAGGAAUUCUAGGUGCGCUAGUCAAGCAACUCCGCGGUUUCGAGAAAGUGAAUAUCAAAAUCGGCAAUACAAGGAUAUUUGA